CCAAAAACUCAUUUCUCUUGUUCUCAUUCUUACUUUAUAUUCAUCAUCUAUAGUUUCCUUAUUGCAUUGAAUUCUUGGUUGCUCUUGUUAAUUUGAGGCUUUGAACUUGGCAUUUAGCAAUGGAACUUCAUUCUAAAUACCAAGUAGGCCUUGUCUGUGUGAUGUUGCUCUUACCUGCACUAUGUACCUCCCAAGACUUUACGUCCUCCAGAGCUACCUAUUAUGGCAGCCCCGAUUGCUAUGGAACCCCAAGAGGAGCUUGUGGAUACGGCGAAUACGGAAGAACAGUGAACGAUGGGAGCGUUGCAGGCGUGUCUGGGCUUUGGAGGAACGGCUCUGGAUGUGGUGGUUGCUACCAAGUAAGGUGUAAGAACCCACAAUUAUGCGACGACUACGGGACAUACGUGGUGGUGACAGACUACGGGGAAGGGGACAGAACAGACUUCGUAAUGAAUCCACGUGCGUACGCUAGAAUGGGACGCAAUCCAGACGCAUCAGAGGAGCUCUUCAAAUACGGCGUCGUGGAGGUGGAAUACAGAAGGAUCCCCUGUAGGUAUGGCGGCUACAACAUCGUGCUCAAGGUGCACGAGCACAGCAAAUACCCCAACUACUUCGCUGUUCUCAUCCUCUACGUCGCCGGCCAAAACGACAUCACCGCGGUUCAGGUGUGGCAGGAGGACUGCAAAGAAUGGAGGCCCAUGAGGAGAGCGUACGGAGCGGUAUUUGAUGCGGAGAACCCGCCACGUGGAGACCUGAUGUUGAGGUUCCAGGUGAGAGGGCGUGCGGGUCUGUACUGGGUUCAGGCCAGAAAUGCUAUUCCUAGUAAUUGGGAGGCCGGAGCCGCUUAUGACUCUCAAGUUCAGCUAGAUUAGAUCCUGACGCACAACCAACAAGGAUCUAUCUAUAUAUAGUGUUUGAUUAUUAGUGUUGAAGUUGGGGUUUAUUAACUAGCGUAUGCCAAGUUAUUGUUUGUGUGUUUGUGGCUGCCGGAAUAUGAUUACUGGGGUUAUAGUUCCUGUGUAGUACUUUCGCAUUUGAGUUGGAGUUACUGUCAUUAUAUAUAUGAAUAAAGAAACCUCUUUGUUCUCGUA